ACAGGGAAAUUGUUCCAAUCGUUUUCCCACCAUUUAUUUGUCCCCAUAGUGGAUUUUAGAAACAUUUCAAAUAAGAGCUGUGAUUUGUGUAGGCUUACCCAAGCGUGACGUGUUGAUAACUGUGGAAAUCUCUCUAAGGUGCCUUUUAUAAAUAUAUUCACCACCCCAAAAAAUAAAUGCUUAUUAUCUGCUAAUGGGGCUAUCAUAAAAAACUACAAAUGCCAUGAUGAUCUGGACGAGACUACCAAAUCAAGGCAAAGCUUCCCAAGGCGCCCACUCUCCAGGAUGGACUUUCCCUGGCACAGUGGCAAGGUUUUGGAACAGCUCAAUCACCAGCGUCAACUGGGCCUGCUUUGUGACUGUACCUUUGUGGUGGACGGGGAGGACUUCAAGGCCCACAAGGCUGUGUUGGCUGCCUGCAGCGCCUACUUCCGCACCCUCUUCCUGGACCAGAAGGAUGUGGUGCACCUGGAUAUUAGCAACGCAGCAGGUCUGGGCCAAGUCCUUGAGUUCAUGUACACGGCCAAGCUGAGUCUGAGUCCUCAGAAUGUGGAGGAUGUGGUGGCGGUGGCCACGUUCCUGCAGAUGCAGGAGAUAGUCAAUGCCUGUUCUGCCUACCAGUCUCUGGCAGUCUCCACAUCAUCCCAGACAACACAAGACUUAAUUGACCACAAGAUUGAGGAAGGAGAGCAAAACACGGAGAAGGAGCCGUCAGAGACAAGGUCACAUGACGAGGAAAUCCCAAACCCCUCAGCAGAGGAUGAAGGGCCAAAGGGCGGUCAGGAGGACCCGAAGGAGACCACCCCCGACGAUGGGCAGAUUUCCAGAAAGACCCCAGACAAACAGGCCCCGGGGAGAGGAAGACCCCCCAAAACCUCCACCCACGCCACACAGAGAAAAGCUGCAGCUGAAAGUGAGGAGGUGGAGAGCGCCGCCAAAGAUGUGCUUGAGUUUCAGGAUGACCCCUCGGAUGCGGACUACACGCCCAAGUUGCCAUUCAAGUCUGCAGCCGGUAGGUCUUACAUGAGCUCCAGGAGAAGAAGGACAAGGAGAGCUCCUCGACGCAACCUCUCACAGGAUAAUGAGGGGAGUAGCGCACCAAAGACAGUAAAUGAAGAGAAAAAAGAGGUGGAGGAGGGUGAAAUGGAGGAGGAGGAAGAGGAGGGAGGUGGUGAAGAAGUAGACGAGCAGGAGGAUGAAGGAGAUGAGGGAGAAGAUGGCCAGGGGACGGAGAGCGGAGAGGAGAGGAAGCAGCUACGGUUGGGUGCUGUCACCGACCGCACCGAGUCACGGUCCUACGGCUCUGUGACUCACAAGUGUGAGGACUGUGGAAAGAAGUUCACCCACACGGGGAACUUCAAGAGACACAUUCGCAUUCACACAGGAGAGAAACCUUUCAGCUGCCGUGACUGCCACAAGGCCUUCUCAGACCCGGCUGCCUGCAAGGCUCACGAGAAAACACACAGCCCCCUGAAACCUUACUGCUGCUCCUCAUGUGGGAAGAGCUACCGGCAGAUCAGCCUGCUCAACUUGCACCGGAAGCGUCACACGGGCGAGGCCCGAUACAGUUGCAGGGACUGCGGCAAGCUCUUCACCACGUCUGGAAACCUGAAGCGCCACAUGCUGGUGCACAGCGGCGAGAAGCCGUACCACUGCGACUACUGCGACCGGGCCUUCUCCGACCCCACUGCCAAAAUGCGCCACCUGGAGACACAUGAUGCCGACAAGGGCCACAGGUGUCCGCACUGCGACAAGCGGUUCAACCAGACUGGGAAUCUAAAGGCUCACCUGAAGAUCCACAUCACAGACGGCCCUCUGAAGUGUAAAGAGUGUGGCAAACAGUUCACCACCUCAGGGAAUUUGAAGAGACACCUGCGUGUUCACAGUGGGGAGAAGCCCUAUAUCUGUAUGCACUGCCAGAGAGCUUUCUCUGACCCCGGGGCGCUACAGAGACAUGAGCGCAUACACACAGGGGAGAAGCCAUGUCUGUGUCUGAUCUGUGGGAAGGGGUUCACCCAGGCCAGUUCACUCAUCGCUCAUGUCCGCCAGCACACCGGAGAGAAGCCCUAUGUCUGCGACCGCUGUGGCAAAAGGUUUGUUCAGUCCAGUCAGCUGGCCAAUCACAUCCGUCACCAUGAUAACAUCCGGCCACACAAGUGUCACAUCUGCAACAAGGCGUUUGUCAACGUUGGGGAUCUCUCCAAGCAUAUCAUCAUUCACACAGGAGAGAAGCCCUUCCUGUGUGACAAGUGCGGCCGCGGGUUCAACCGCGUUGACAACCUGCGCUCCCACGUCAAGACCGUCCACCAGGGUAAGGCUGGGAUGAAGCGCCUGGUGGUUACCGGGGGCGACAGCGACGACGGGGGUGAUGAGUUUCACGGUGGGUCGGCCUCGGAGAUGGACGACAACGAGAUCAACAUCGUCACCGUCACCACUGAGGACAUCGUCACCCUGGCGACAGAGGCCCUGGCUGGCAGCGCUGUGGCCCAGCUGACAGUGGUGCCUGUGGCUUCACCGGUCUCAGCAGACGAGACGGAGGCUCUAAAAGCAGAGAUCACCAAGGCUGUGGAGAAGGUGCAGGAAGGAGACCCCAACACUCAGAUCCUGUAUGCGUGCGACUCGUGCGGUGACAAGUUCCUGGAUGCCAGUUCACUGGCCCAACACGUGCGAAUCCACACAGCCCAGGCUCUGGUCAUGUUCCAGGCUGACUCGGACUUCUACCAGCAGUACGCUGCUGCUGCAGGAGCCACCGCCGUGGGGGAAGUUGUUACCACAACCUGGCAACCCAUCUCCGAGCAGGUCAUCCAGGGAGGGGAGCUCGUCUUCCACACCCGUGAGGCCGAGGAGGAGGAGGAGGAGGAGGAGGAGGGGGGAGAGGUGAUGGCCCAAGCUGACUCCCAGCCGGAGGGGCAAGAUGAGGCUGUGGCAGAGGGAGAAGAGAUGGUGUGAGAGUCAGGCUUGGGGAAGAAAAGUACAUUGAAGAACUGAUUAUAUCUGGUGUGUAAAGACACCCCAAGUUGAGUGAGUAAUUAGUCAUAAUUUCUUACAAUUUCCUGCCCUGUGUAGGAAAACGACAGUGAGAUUUCUAAUCAUGAGUUAACAUAAUCAUUAAUAAACUGUAAUUUGUAGAGAUUAGCAAAGCAUUGUCAGCCUCUUCUGACAUAAAUUCCCCUAAUUCUAGAAUCUCUUUAGGUGGUAGCAGAAGUAUGUAACAUGCUAUAGUCAAUUUUGCACUGUAUGUUUAAAAUGUAUAUUAUGAAAUAUAGAAAUGGGCUAUUCAUUUAGAAAAUCUUCAUGCGGUAUAUCCCAGGGCGGGAAGGUCAGUUGAUACAUCACACCACUUUUGUUUUUCUUCUCCCUGACAGUAAAAAGCAGAUAGGUAGUAAAAUAUUGCCUACAGAUUCCUGCCGUGUUUUACUGAGAUAGUGUAAAUGUUCCUCUCUUAGUUUAGGUAUUUUAGUAUACUUCAUUGAAGUAUUUUCAUUAAAAGCACAAGUGUACAUAAACUAUUGAUAGACUACUUUGUGUAGUGCUACUAGCAUUUUGAGUGAGAAGGACUUUCUAGUUGUUUCUCUUUCACAUUGCACGUCCAUGGUCGACAGGCAAACAAUGUAAAUGCUGUGCACGUUGACGUUUGUUCUAUUUCCGACUAACAUAUUAUAAUUACUCUUUGUGGAGAGAACUAGAAAACUGAAAUCACUUCCUAUUGGUGGGAUCCAUAUGAAAAAUGACAAUUUCUCAAUGAUUUGUAGCACUGACUUGGCAGGUAUUAAGAAGUACAAGAAGUCAUUAACUGACUAUGUAUGCUAGCCUAUAUUAGCAUAAAAAAUAUGUUUCCUUGAGAAAGCUUAGUUUAAGGGCAGCAGGAGCACCUAAAAUCGCAUACCAAUGUGUGUAGAUUAUGAUUAUAUUCAGUCCUGGUUGAUACUAGUUCGUGCAAAUCUUUUUUUAGUUGAAUAAUACAGACUAUGACAUAGACCUUCUGUUUUAAAUUAAAUCAAUGGCUGAUUAAAUAUGGGGGGAGGGGGAGAAUGUAUAAAAACUACCAACUGAUCAAUAAAGACGACUAUAUCAAAACAGAA